AUGAUGAAAGGUGGAAAACGGCAUUACUCAGUGAGGAAUGAUGCAAAAUGGUUUGCUCCCCCAGCUCUACCAGAAAAUCAGCCAAAGAAUCGUGAAACUUGUACAAGCACAGGGAUCAUGCUGAGUCAGGUAAAAUCUUCUUUACCUCAGGCUUUAAACUUGGAGCGCUUUCCUAAGUGGAGGACUCAGCAGGGUUUAAGAGAUUUUCUAUACUCAGACUAUGACAAGCAUGCAUUAAAGGACAACAUCUCAAUUUCCACUCAAAGUGUAGGACGCAGAAAGUGCUCUUUUGAUCGCAGACAGUUCAACUCCAACUUCUGCCUGUGCCAUGAUGGGGUUCACAGCAACACAGAAGAAAUGGGGAGAACCACCACUGUUUACAACGCUGACUUUAUGGGGAAAAAGGAAGUCGAUGGUCCAAGCAACAACAGAAUGUUCCCUAGAAACCACAAGCAGAAGUCUGCAGAGUCAGCCCUGGCACAGGCAGGGCAGCAUUAUAUCUGGUUUGGGAGACAUGACUUGAGCCCCUUCUCAGGGACACUGCAAGUACCGGGAGAGACAACCAGUGCAGCACCUGCCAAGCUCUGAAGUACUAAUUUAAUGCUCUGGAUGGCAUUGUUAGGUGGGCAUAGCACAUAGAAUGUCCGUAGAACCUUCUUGAUAUAAUAAAAAUGAAUAAGAAACUUCA